ACGCCACUCGGCGCAAGUCCCUAAGUAUACACAGCUGAGCGGCUAAAAUGUGUGUGAUGUCGCCCUCUACUGGUUGCUGUCGGCAUCGUGGAUAGGGACGUCUGUAGCGGAAAACGGCCUCUACCCCAGAUUGGUCGUCAGUCUGAUGGCUGAGGACGCGGAAGUGCAGCAGCAGUGAGAUGUCAGCUGUCGGCGCGCACUCACUGAUCUGAGCUCCUUCCCUGUAUGUGCGCGGCUGUCACUCUUCGCAGGGCUGGCUUAGUGGUUAUGCGCUCCAUCUGAUUAUCCGGUGUUGUGGCUACGUGCUCCGAAACAUUGCCUGGUGUGGUGGUUAUGUGCUUCGUGUGACUUUCCGGUUUGGUGUCUUUGUGAUACGUAUUUUACCCUGCGUGAGAAGCUGACAGCUCGGUCUCCGUUAUUCCCUUUGGCGACGGCUGGUGCACCGAUAUCCGCACUGAGAGAGAGCCUGCACCCAGAACCCUGCCUGACACUAGCAGAUUUACAUGGGACAUGGCGGCUCCCUUGCACCAGGCAUCUUGCACUGCGUGGCAUACUGAGACUAAAUGUAUGAGAAGUCGAGGCAACGGUUCAACAUGGGAAGUAAUGGCAAUAUUUCUUCUGAAAGACACUGAGAAAGAGCAGCUGUGAUGAAAAUGCAUCAGAUGUCAAUAGUACCAACCAGAGAUGUUCACUCCUCGUGCUUUCAGAAAAAAGCAAAAGACGCUGAAGACCAGGCAAAUGUAGGGCAGAUAACAGAUGUGCACAGACUUCAUCCCUUUAGUCUGGAUUACUGGAGCCAUGCAAGAGGAGGAAGCUCUAACAAGGAUACACUGAUGCAUUCAUGUUGGAAAAUGAAGCUUCAGAAUGAAAAGACAUUGGGGCGUUCAGUGAGUCGUUCCAGUAAUAUUUCCAAGGCAGGAAGUCCUACUUCAGUUACUGCACCAAAUAGCUUUCCUAGGACAUCAGUGACACCUUCCAGCCAAGAUAUUUGCAGUUCCAGUGCUGUAUUUUCUGAAUGUUGUCAUCAAAGUCCAUUGCAGUCUGCAGUUGUGUUGAAAACCCCCAAAUUCCAGAGUUCUUGGACACCAGGGACCACUGUGACCAUAAUCUGUCAAGAUGGCUUCUCAAAGGACACAGCCAGCAUCCUCAAGUCGUCUAAGGCAAAAUCAGUCUUACCUUUCUCAAAAUCACUGAAUGAUGUGGACCAAAAAAUGUCAGAUACGUCUGGGAACUGUGAUUUUGUGGAACGAACUAGCUCGGAAGGGAAAUUGCUUUCAGCUGAAGAGCAUUCAUUUGCAAAGAACAAAUUUCAGUUCCUAGAAAAUGGAACUCCGUUUACUGAUCCUAUCUCUUUAAACAAUUCUAAUGUUGUUCGUGGACAAUCUGUGUCAUCCAAUCCACUGAAAGUCCCUUAUCGGGACACUAGUCUUGGAUCUGUAUGUAUACCUCUUAUGGAUGAUAAGGCAGACAGUGAUUCAUCAAAAAGCAAAACCCUUCUCCACUAUAUAUUCUCUUUUUCUCCAAGUUCCAGUGUCCAUAGCCUACACAGAUUCCAGGAACUUGAUGGCUACUCUAGAAGUCUCCAUGCUGGCACGUCUUCUAGUUUGCUUUUGGGAAGCACCGAUUUCUGUUCUGAUUACAUUGCGGACGAUGAUGUGUUUGAGGACAAUAUAGCUGUCCCUGAAGAUGCACGGGAACAGAGAGCUCCACUUUGUUCUGUGGAGGACAGUGAUCUUGAAUGUCCUUACCCCUCAAAAAUAUUUCCCCCUGCCUCCCCUGUGUCUACAUCUGGGGACUUAUGCAGGAUAUGUCACUGUGAAGGUGAUGAUGAAAGUCCUUUGAUAACACCCUGUCACUGUACAGGAAGCCUUCACUUUGUGCACCAGGCUUGCCUCCAGCAAUGGAUCAAGAGCUCGGAUACACGAUGCUGUGAACUUUGCAAAUUUGAGUUCAUUAUGGAAACCAAAUUAAAGCCUUUAAGAAAAUGGGAGAAGUUGCAGAUGACCUCAAGUGAACGGAGGAAGAUAAUGUGCUCAGUAACAUUCCACAUCAUUGCAAUCACCUGUGUUGUUUGGUCAUUGUACGUUCUAAUUGACCGGACUGCCGAAGAGAUCAAGUUGGGCCAAACCACUGGUAUUCUGGAGUGGCCGUUUUGGACUAAAUUAGUGGUGGUAGCAAUUGGCUUCACUGGAGGACUUUUGUUUAUGUAUGUACAAUGCAAGGUAUACGUUCAACUUUGGAAGAGACUAAAAGCUUACAACAGAGUCAUCUAUGUACAGAACUGUCCCGAAACUUGUAAAAAGAAAAUAUUUGAAAAAACUGUAAUAAUUGAGCCAAAUCUGGAGAGCAAAGAAGCACUUGGUAUUCACCACUCAGACACAAACUCUUCUUACUAUACAGAGCCAGAAGACUGCGGAGCGGCUAUUCUCCAAGUUUAAAUACUGUAUCCUUCUAAUCUCUUUUCAGGAGAUGACUGUUUACCGACUGCAGGCAGGAGUAGAUUAAUUGUCCUGAAAGAUCCCCUUUUUCUGCUUUUGAGUCCGUUGUUACUAUAUGUAUAUUUACAAGCAAAAGGUUAGAUUUGCAAAUGUCACUGAUUUAUACCUCUUUCAGAAGAACAAAUUAAAGACGUUCAGGAGCACAAUCAAUUACAGGAAUAUUCUGUGCCUCGCUGAAGAUUAAUUUUUUGUUUUAAUUAUCAUCAACUGAUUAUAGCGUCUUCACUCUGUCUUAAAUGGUAAAAAUGUAUAACUGAGGUUGUAAAUCUUCAUUUUAUUUCAAGAACACAAAACAAAUAGAUGACAUACUUUAGCAUGUACACUGCCCUUUACAUCUAUUUUUGGCUCUGGCUUUUUAGAAUUCUACUUUACUGACAGUCACAAGAGCAUAUUGCACUUUUUUGUGUAGAAUUUUUUUUUGUAAUAUCUUUAUUGACUAAAAAAAAAAGUGAAUUUGUUUUAAAACAGAGAAUGUGCUCUGGUGUUUCUAGUAUAAUUAAUGUGUAACCUCUUGCCUUACAUACUGUAUAUACAAAAAAUCUUUUCUUCACAACUUUACCAUUUUACACAUAAGGAAAACUUUCUGCCUUGUUAUUUCAGGAAAAAAAAUGCAUCUGUAAGUAGUUGGAAAUUAACAUUUUUUCUACCACAUGUAUUCAAGACUUUUUUACCAACAAAAAUGCACAAAAUUGGUAGACCUUUCAAUUUCUGGUGUAAUACUGAAUAAAAAAUGUAGACCUUUUACUACGUUAUAA